GCCCGACCCAUGCAGCUUAUUCAAGCUUCGCUUCUUUUUCUUCUUCAAGUUCCAAUCUCCAUCCAUAGAAGUCCCAAAUCCAAAUGCGUCCUCUUUAGAUGCUUCGAACAUAAGGAGAUCAACAAAAAACUGACAUUUUUCUCCUCAUUCAUGCCGUCAUUGUAAACCAUGAUCAAGCUUCUCAAACUUAGAAAACCCAGAUGGCCAACUCUCGUUCGUAGUCAAUCCAAUCCUUCAAUUUACUCCCCUCACCGCAAUUUUCUUGCAAACCCUACUACAUUUUUUAUCACAGAUGAGAACUUGACGAACCCUUCAGAAAUUUUUGAUUCUUAUGAAUAUGCCGAUGCUUUGAGGUCUCGCAUUACUAGCUGCAAUAUAAAGGAAGGGAAAGCUGUUCACUGUCAUGCAGUAAAGAGAGGAAACUGCUUGGAUUUGUUCUGUAGAAACAUUCUUCUUGACUUGUAUGUCAAAUCUGAACUGAUAACGGAUGCACGUAAACUGUUCGACGAAAUGCCCGAGAGAAAUGUGGUUUCUUUUGUCACCUUAAUUCAGGGGCUUUCUAGAUCUGGUGAAUUUUUUGAUGCGUUCCAGUUUCUUUGCAGGCUCCAUAGAGAAGGACAUGAGCUUAAUCAGUUUGUUUUCACUACGGCUUUGAAGCUAUUUGUCGACUGGGAUUGGCCUCAAAUUGGUGAAUAUAUUCAUGCUCUUGUUCUAAAGCUUUGUUUUGACUCAAAUGCUUUUGUUGGAUCCGUUCUAAUUGAUAUUUAUUCGCGUUGUGGGACCAUUAAGUGUGCAAGAAAAGUGUUUGAUAUGAUUUUGGGAAAGGAUGUUGUUGUUUUUACGGGGAUGGUUUCUUGCUAUGCCAAUAAUGAUUAUCCCUAUGAGGCUUUGCAAUUGUUCUCUCAAAUGUCGGGGGUUGGUUUGAGGCCUAACAACUUUACAUUGACCAGUGUGCUCAAGGCCUCUGUUUCUCUCGAAUCACUUGAGUUAGGCAAGAGCAUUCAUGGUUGUUCGAUAAAGACCCAAUAUGAAUCAGACCCUUACGUAGGUGCGGCUCUUCUCGAUAUGUAUGCAAAAUGUGGAGACAUUGAGGAUGCCUGCUGUGUUUUUGAGAUGAUUCCUUCCUGCAAUGUCAUUCUUUGGAGCUCUAUGAUCUCUCGGUAUGCACAUAGCAAUCGGAACGAAGAGGCUUUGGGGCUUUUGCAGAGAAUGAUGCUAAAUCUAGUAGUUCCUAAUGAAUAUAGCUUCUCUAGUGCUUUAAAAGCUUGUUCGAAUAUGGGGUCCUUGAACUUGGGCAGGCAAGUUCAUGGCCAUGUUGUGACGAUUGGUCUUGACUCGGAAGCUUUCGUUGCAAAUGCACUUAUUGAUGUAUAUGCAAAGUGCGGAUGCAUGGAAGCUUCAAUGGAGAUCUUCUCAGGGUUGCUUCAUAAGAAUGAUGUGGCUUGGAACACAGUGAUUGUUGGUUAUGUAAACUUGGGUUUCGGAGAAGAAGCUUUGAGACUCUUUUGCCAAAUGAGAGAUGCUCAGGUACCUGCUUCUCAAGUCACCUACUCUAGUGCCCUCAAGGCUUGUGCAAGCUUAGCAGCUAUCGAGCCUUCAAUCCAACUUCACGCUUUGAUUGCUAAAACCCCAUUAAUUCAUAAUAAUGUUGUUGGCAACUCUUUAAUUGAUUCAUAUGCCAAGUGUGGGAACAUCAGGGAUGCUUGUAAGGUCUUUGACAUGAUGGAUGAUCAUGAUGUAAUAUCAUGGAAUGCUCUGAUAUCUGGGCAUGCUAUCCAUGGUCUCGGUGAAGUUGUUUUAGGGUUUUUCAGUAAGAUGAAGGAAGAUGGAAUCAUAGCCAAUGACAUGACUUUUAUUGGUGUACUUUCAGCUUGCAGCAAUAUAGGUUUAGUGGAUGAGGGCCGAGCUUACUUUAAUUCUAUGAUACGAGAUUAUGGUAUUAAACCACAAAUGGAGCACUAUGCUUGCAUGGUUAGGCUUUUAGGUCGCUCAGGUCAUCUUGAUGAGGCCAUGAACUUUAUUGACCAAAUCCCUAAUGAACCUAGCGUGAUGGUUUGGCGAGCAUUACUUAAUGCGUGCCUAAUUCACAAGAACGUACAGUUAGGAAAUAUAUGUGCAGAGAGGGUUCUUAAAAUUGAGCCAGAGGAUGAGGUCACACUUGUAUUGUUGUCAAAUAUAUAUGCAAAGGCUGGUAUAUGGGAGAAUGUGGCUCUCACAAGGAAGUUAAUGAGAAGCAGAGGAGUAAAGAAGGAACCUGGUCUUAGCUGGAUUGAGAUCCAGGGUGAAACACAUUGUUUUACUGUGGGAGAUGAAACUCAUCCAGAUAUUAAGUUAAUCAAGGCAAUGUUGGAAUGGCUGAAUAAUAAAGCUAAAAAAGCGGGUUAUAGUCCCGAUAGUACUGUGAUUUUGCAUGAUAUUGGAGAAGAAGAAAAGGGACGUUUAUUGUGGAUGCACAGUGAGAGAUUGGCCUUAGCAUUUGGCCUUGUAAAGGUACCACUGGGGCGUCCAAUACGCAUCAUUAAGAAUCUUCGUUUCUGCUUAGAUUGUCAUGCUGCAUUCACGUUGAUAUCAAAGGUUGUUCUGCGCAAAAUCAUUGUGAGAGAUAUGAAUCGGUUUCAUCAUUUUGAGGAUGGAGUUUGUUCAUGCAAUGAUUACUGGUGAUUAUUUAUGUGAUGAAGUCACAGGAUAUUGUUCAAAGCAACAAGGAAUCCAACGGGACCAUCAUUGACACCAGAAACGUUCUAUCGCAUGGGUAACCGGAAAUCCAGUAACUCUGUUAUGUGGGGCACAAAUUACAGGUUAUCUCCCACACUAUUCGGUGAGAGAUAUGUUAUGAGAAAGGGACAUGUUAUCUCCUUCAGUCCUUCAGCAUGGAUGCUGAUUUUUAUGCAUGAUGAUGACCCUUGUUGGCUUUUGCAACAAUAGACUUAGAGAGAGGUGAAUAUGAGAAUUGGGCAACUAAUUCAUCUAUUCAUAAGGCCUAUAUGGCUACAAGCGAGGACAGAUAAGAUGCUUGCAAAGGGGGCUCAAAUUGGUAGUUGGUGAUUGCUAAAGGAUUGGAAUCUAUGAACACCUAUGGAUCGAUGAAUUUCAUGCCCAGGAUGCCAAUGCAGAGUUUCACCCUUAAUACGUCACAAAUUUUACUACUCCAUGGAGACAAUAGAACUUCUAUAGGCUGCGACUACUGAUUUCAAUGACGUUGUUUUUGUUCAUUGAUACACUAGUUGCUCAGCUUUUGGCAUUAUUGGCACCAAGAGAUCAAUAUAAAGCAGCUUUGUCAGUAAGGAGAUGUCUUGAAAUGUCGAUGUAUUUUUGUAUAACUACAAGAAGAAAGAAAAUUGAUUGAAUUUUCCUUUUGUCAUGUUUCCUUGGGAGUAAAGUUUCG